CGACUAGAAAGCUAGCAUGGUUUUCCUGAAAAUGCUGUCAAUUUCGUAAGGCGUUAAGGUCAGGGCCGGCCUAAUAGAGGACAAAUAAUCUGUCCGGAGCGGGCGCAUGAUUGAACUCCGUCAGACCGGGCCCAUAAGGGCCAAAUGUAUAUGUAUGUAUAUAAGAAGCCCAGCACCCAGCCCAAUAUGUCAAAAGCCCAUCUCAUUAGCCGCCCCAUCCCUUCCUACUUCGUAGACAACCAACGCGAGGCGGAGAAGCUGGAGACGAAGCCUACUGCCGAAACCGAAUCGGAAAGAGAGUGCCGCCUGCUGAGAACGCCGCCGGUAGAGAGACGCCGCCGCUUCUGCCGCCAGACGCUGCUGCACCCUCUAGGUGUUCCGUAAUCACUAUCUUUCCAAUUUAGUAAUUUGUUUUUCUAAUUUUCUUUCUUUCAUUGCUUCAUUCGUUGGAUUUAAAAUCUAGGGUUAAUUAUUAAUUUUAAGUUUGAAAUCUUUGCUAAUUUCUAUGAAAAAUGAAUGAAUUAAUGGUUCCAUA